AUAAAUCAGACACAAUCACGCUACAGUCAUGUCCUUGGAGGGUUCGGAUUUAACUAACUGCUCCAUUUGUCUGGAAACAUUCAAAGAUCCUAAAUAUCUCAUCUGUCUGCAUACAUUUUGCAAGAAAUGUCUCUCAGAUUACAUUUCUACUCAAGUUCAGGAAGGUUCCAGAGGGUUUCCUUGUCCAGUGUGUCGCCACUUUAACGUGGUCAAAGAUUUUCAUCGCACCAGACCAGAGGAUGUUUCCAAUCGACUGCCAACCAAUUGUCUGAUAGCAAUGCUGAUUGACCAGCAACGGCUGGAGAAGAAGCUGUUUGUUUGCAACCCUUGUACCAAUCGUGGUAGAAUGGAGACUACAAGAUAUUGGUGCUAUACAUGUGAUGCAGCUCUCUGCGGAGCGUGUGGGGAGUUUCACACUUCACUUCCCAUUCUAACUGAUCACAGAAUUGCACCGAUCGAGACAGUUAAUGAUGUUGAGGUAGUGACGUCAAUGUACGUCUGCGACGUCCAUCCUGGCAAAUCACUUGAAAUGUUUUGCCAUGACCAUGAUGUCGUCUGCUGUGCAAUAUGCAAAACAGAGGUCCAUGGCCAAUGCAAAAACGUGGUCACUUUCCUAGAUGCUGUGAAAGAUCCUAAAAAUCUUACAGUCAUCGGUGAAUUUGGACAGAAAAUGGAAAAUCUUAUUCAGAAAAUUGACUCAAGGGUAGAAGACUUGAACUCCGCGUGCAGCGGCUUAAAGACACAAAACGAGACACGGCGACAACAGAUUCAAGAAUUCAGUAGUAAGAGUCUCGGUCAUGUAGAUAACAUGAAAUCCGAGUUCCUUGAAAAACUGUCGCAAGUACGUGAUGACAACUUGAAAAAGAUACGGGAGCGGAAAGAAUGCCUCCUGAAUAUGCGCCGCAUGAUAUCAAACUGUGAGAAUCUUUUGAAAUUGGCGGAGGCGAAAUGCACCAAUAUCCAGUUGUUGACCCUAAUACCGAAAGUUUCUAAACUCAGAGAUGAGACAAAAGACAAAAUAGAGGAGAUUGAAAAAAAUCCGAUGACCAUUGACGUGCAGGUUAACAUUGACAAAGACUUUGAAGAUUGUGUAAACUGCACUUCUCUCGGCCACCUAGUGUCGGUAGCGGACGAUUAAUCCCCCCCCCCCCCAAUACAAUGUUAAAAAUACUUUAUUU